CCUCCAGCUCCUCAAAUCCAAGCACCCAGUGAGUUCAGGGAGUCAAUCGCGGCCCAGGCAGUUUGCUCCGUAGCCUAUCACUGCCCCGACUACCCCAUAACCCUGACGUGGGUUGGUUUGGGGCAUAGGACCCCUGAGCCCACCAUGAGGACAGGGAGCGGAAGGACUGAGAGCACAUUGACUUUCACGCCCACCUGGCAGGACCAUGGGACAAAUUUAACCUGCCGGCUCAGCACCCCGGCUGGGACACCGAGCUCCGAGAGCAGCGUGGUGCUGGACGUGAAAUAUGCCCCUAAGGGAGUCCAGUUGAACGCGACACCCGGAGAGACUAUCCGAGAGGGGGACAGACUCGUGCUGAUGUGCAUGACCCAGGGCAGCAACCCCCCCGUCUCCACGUACAACUGGUAUAAGGACACACAGUGGUUGCACCAGGGGCAGGAGCAGAGGCUGGAGUUUGAAGCCAAGGGGGAUGAGCAUUCCGGCUCCUAUCGCUGCCAAGUCACCAAUGAAAUACAGACGGUCCGAUCCCCAGCGCUGCGGAUAGACGUCCAGUACGCCCCAAAGGACGUGCGUGUUGAACUGGUGACGGGCUCUCAGAUCCAGGAAGGGACCACGGUUGUGCUCAGCUGCCCCUGCAGGGCUCAUCCGCCCGUCAGCAGCUACAGCUGGUACAGAAACGGCCAGCACCUCCCAGCACAAACCCAGCAGGAGCUGCGGUUUGACAAGAUCCAUCCCGACCAGUCCGGUUCCUACCACUGCGAACCUCAGAACAGAGUCGGGAUGUCGGAAUCGCCGGCCAUUACAGUCGACGUACAGC